GCCUCCAUUCAACAUCUCCUUCAACAAGCUGGUUCCCUGAACCGACCAAGCGAGCGGUUCUUCUUUUCAAGCUUGAUGCCAUUGGCUCAGAACAUCGGACGGCGAGCAGAUUUCGAUAUCGCCUGGUCUUAUUCCUUCCCCCUUACGGAUAACACCCCUGAGCAAAGAAGUUUUUUCUCGCCCGAGAACCACUCCCUGAACCCGCCUUCCCAUAUCUUUUGCUCUGCCCACUGUUUCUUUCACUUCAAGCUGGGGGGUUCCUGCCUUGUUUGGAUGUUUAGAAAUUCGAAAUGUCUUCGUUUUGGGUGGGCCGAACAGACACGGCUCGGAGAAAAAACAAGAAGCAGGACUGCAGGACACCAACGGACGCUUGUAGAUCACGGGAGAACUAACGGGAGAACUAACGGGAGAUCAUUCUUGCUCCUGGACAUUACGCACAUCACGACAACAGUACAACAUCAUCGAGUGAUGAAGAUUUGGAUCUACACGUACCGUUGCGUUCUUGAACAACAUCUCCUCAUCUUCUAAUGUUCCCAUAAUUAGUUAUUGAGCUCCGCUCUUUCACGACCGCUUCUGCAGAGAAGACGCGCAUGCCUUAACAGUGUUAAGAUGUGAUAUAGGCUGUAACCUUCGGCCAUAUCAUCCUAUUAUGCACAUCACCUCCGUCCAGAGCCCACAGACGUCGACGCCUAACCCCCGGCCAUCCCACCAGCUAUCCCCCGUCAUCCCGGCAUGGCAUCACGGCCUUCACGUCGCUUCUUAGCAAACGUCUACGGCCGCCCAGCCCGUCCACCUACGAAUACAG